AUGUCGGAUCUUACUACAGUCUACACCAAGGACGCUGCUUUCCCAGCAGGACCUUACUCCCAAGCCAUCAAGACCUCAUCUACUAUUUACUGCUCUGGACAAAUCCCAUGCACACCCGAAGGCGAAAUUCUCACCCUCGAGACCUCUAGCAUCUCUGCCAUGACCGAGCUCUGCAUCAAGAACUUGUCUGCUGUUCUUAAGGAAGCUGGAAGCAGUAUUGAGAAGGUUGUUAAAGUCAAUGUGUUCUUGACUACCAUGGACAACUUUGCGGAAAUGAACGGAGUCUACGAGAAGCUCUUCAAGCACAAGCCUGCAAGAAGUUGUGUUGCUGUAUACCAAUUGCCCAAGGGCGUUCCGGUAGAGAUCGAAUGUAUUGCAUUGGCUUAA